AUGGCCAUCUCCACCGUCCUGCUCGCACCCCUGCUCACCCAUUCCAUUCUCUCACUGAUACUCCUGCCCGUCAUCUUUCUCGCGUCCCGGACGUUAUACCGUAUCUCUCGUUUCCACCCACUCGCCCACAUUCCCGGUCCCCUUCUUCCCCGCGUGUCAUCCCUCUGGCUGACCUACCAUGCGUGGAUCGGCGAUGAAGCAUCCAUAACAAAGUCACUCCACGACCAAUACGGUCCUGUGAUCAGGACAGGUCCGAACAGCGUCGACAUCAGUGACGGCGCCGCAUUAGGCCCAAUCUACAAUGAGAAAGGCGGUUUCGCAAAGACCGACUUCUAUGCCAACUUCGACAUUGACGGCCAUAAAUCCAUCUUCUCCGAGACGGACCCGUUGCGACGUGCUCCCCGUGCAAAGGCCGUCGCAGCACUGUUUUCCACCACGAACCUACGUCAAGGCCAGGACAUCAUCUACAAAUGCGUCGACCGGCUGGUAGACAGGCUAUCCGAAGGCAAAGGAGCCAAAAAACGCGGCAAACCGCUGAACGUGCUGAACUUGACGCGGGGCUUGGCCGUCGACGCCGUGACAUCCUAUCUUCUGGGUAACCGGUACGGAGCCCUGGACGAGAGUGUGGUACAAGAAGAAAAGAGAGCCGUCAAGAAAGAAGUGUCAGGCACUCCCGAUGGUCACGACGACCGAGAAAUGAGCGCCAGCGGCAUGGUCAACUGUUUUGUCGCGGUCGGGCGGUUCUGGUAUCUCCCGACCUGGGCGUUCAAGCUCGUCGAAUCAUUCGACCUCUGGUGGAAUGCCGAGGCCGAAGUAUCACAAAGCUUAAGCCUUGUAGACGAAUACGUCGCCAGUGUGGUACGCGAUGCCGAAGCCGCCAUCCUUGCCUCCAAGUCCCAAGAAAAGCAGCAGUCUUCUAUCAUUCACCCAUUGACUUCGUACCCGGCACGACUCUUGCAGGCCGGAUUCACGCCCUCGGAAGUUCGUGCGCAGUGCAAGGAUCUCGUCUUUGCCGGCACCGACAGCACCGGCAUGAACUUGGCGACCAUCUUGUUCCAACUCGCCCGAAACCCAGAAUACUACAAGAAGCUGCGCGAAGAGAUUCUGGCCGCCGGCCCGUCCUUCGACGAUCUACAGUCCCUACCGUAUCUUCGCGGUGUUGUCAAAGAAGGUCUUCGACUGUCCAUGGCCAAUCCGUCCCGUCUUCCGCGAGUGGUUCCCAAGACCGGAUGGACAUUCAAAGAUACUUACUUCCCUCCCGGAACUGUCGUCGGCUGCACGCCAUAUGUUCUGCACCUGAAUGCAGAUGUGUUUGAAGAACCUUACGAGUUCAAGCCCGAGAGAUGGCUGCAGCCUUCGGACGAAAUGACCCGCGAUGCCAUCCCUUUUGGUUUGGGCUCUCGUCAAUGUAUUGCCCGCAAUUUGGCCAAUGUCGAGCUGUUCUGUGCUGUUGAAAAGGUUGUUCGUGCCGAUGUUCUCAGUGGGGCCAAAACGGUCAAGGACAAAGUCGAGAUUAUUGAAUGGUUCAAUAGUAAAGUUAUUGGGGAGAGGAUUGAUCUGGUUUGGGAAUGA